AUGAGUGACUGUGGUAUGACAUUGCAAGAGGUUGGGAUGUCUACUAGAUAUGUAAGUAGGGGUCGUGGAUUUCUUAGGGCAUCUUCCACAAGUGGUACCAAUAUUGCAUUUGAACCUGUUGCUUCACCUACCAAGCUGCCUGACAAGGAAGUGGAAGAAAAUCAGAUCAUCAGUGAUACAUCCGAUGAUGAAUGGGAAGCUGGAGAGUCAGAUGAAAUAAGUGAGAGUCAAAGCAAUAGUGAAAAUGAUGUUAGUGAAGAAGAGUUGGAGAAAGAGGAUGACAGUAAUGAUGACCAAUCUGAAUGUCAAUCAGAAGAAGGGGAUAAUGUGGGUGAUGGAGAAGGGGGUGUAGACCAAAAUGUCACAUUUAGAGUUGGUCAAGAAUUCAAGAAUGUGUAUCAUUUCAGGGAGGUCCUAGAGGAUUAUGAAGUUCAAGAGGGCUUCAAAGCUUUGAGGCACAAGAAUGAUAAAUCAAGAGUAACUGCAAUAUGUGCUGGGAAUGGGUGUGCAUGGAGGAUCCAUGCUUCAGUACUGCCUAGUGAUCAUAUCACAUUUGUGGUCAAAACACUUGUGGACAAGCAUACAUGUAGGGGAGAAGUUAGCAACUUGAAUGUAACUUCAAAAUGGAUAGCAAAGAAACUUGCUUCCAAUUUUAGGGCAGACCCUGCAAUGAGCAACAAGGUAAUGGAAAAUAUGUUGAAAGAGAAGUACAAUGUGGAUACAACUAAUAUGAGGCUGUACAGGGCAAGAUGGAGAGCCAGGGAUGAAAUUGAUGGGAGCCAUGCAAAGUCAUUUAAUAAGUUAGAAUCAUAUGGGGACAUGAUAAAGGCAAAAAACCCUGGCAAUUCAUAUGUUAUCCAAUACCAGAAUGGAAAUAAAUAUGGAGAGGAGGAUGCAUAUGGGGUGGUGAGAGUAAAUCCACAGUUCAAGCAUAUGUAUAUAUGUUUUGAUGCAUGCAUACAAGGAUUUUUUAAGGGAUGUAGGCCAUUCAUAGGCCUUGAUGGGUGUCAUCUUAAAGGUUUAUAUGGAGGAGUCUUAGUUUCUGCAAUUUCAGUUGAUGGAAACAAUGGGAUAUUUCCAGUUGCAUAUGGAGUUGUAGAAUCUGAAGGAAAUGACAGUUGGCUAUUCUUCCUCCACCAUUUACAUGAGUCCAUUGACAGAUGCAUAGAAAAGGUUUACAAUGGAAGACCAACCCUUCAUGAUAUACUCACAUUCAUGACUGACAAACAGAAGGAUCUUAUUGAAGCAAUUUCAACCAUUUUCCCAGAAGCAAACCAUCGACACUGCAGCAGACAUCUAUACAACAAUUUCAAGAAAGUUUUUGGAGGUGGGCCUGUAUUACGAGGUUAUUUCUGGGCAGCCAGCAAAGCAUACAAUGUUUUUGAAUUUCAAAGGGCCAUGGGGGGUAUGAAAGCAGAAAAGAAUGAGGCAUAUGUAUGGGAUAAGCCAAUCCUUACCUUAAUUGAUGUAGUCAGAUAUAAGUUGAUGGGUAGGUUACAGAAAAGGUUUUCAAAGGGUUGUAACUUUGAAGAAGAGCAUAUCACUCCAAGAAUGAAAAAAAAACUUGAUGAUUUGCAGAGAGGUGUCAGAUAUUGUAGAGCAACAUUUGCUGGAGGAGAUAAGUAUGAGGUACAGGAUAACAGUGGUACGUAUGUGGUGGACAUGGCAAAUAACUUCUGUGAGUGUGGGAUCUACAUAGCAACUGGAUUGCCAUGUAAACAUGUGGGAGCAUGCAUUCAAUAUAAAAGGGUACCUCUUCAGCAAUUCUGUGAUUCAUACUACUCAAAACAGAGGUAUAUACUAGCUCAUGAGGGGAUGAUUGAUCCAAUGUCUGAUCUAAGCACUUUAGCAGAUAGAUCCCUACUUCCACCACCAAUGAAGAGGUCAAUUGGUAGACCAAAUAAGUCAAGGAGGAGAGAACAAGAUGAAGCACGUAAAGAAGACAUUAGGAAGAGGUCUAGCACUUUGAGAUGUAGCAAAUGUAAAUCAUUUGAUCAUAAUAGGAGGACAUGCAAAGGAGGUCCAGUUGCUGAGAAGAGGAAAUCUACUUCUAAGAAUAAGGGGUCCUCUCAACAGAGGACACCUAAGAAGGGAACCAGCUCUUCUCAGCCCAGCUCCACUCAGCAAAGAUCCCCUCAGAUGUUCAGUUGCUGUCUAGGAGCAGUCCAUGGAGCUGAUAACUUACUGUGUUGGAGGUGCAGUGUUUUGGAGCUGAAGGUUGGAGGAGUUGAAGUGGAGUUGCAGUGUUAG